GGACCUGGCCCCCCGCGACCCCUCGGGCACCUCGGACCCCUUUGGCCGGGUGUCGUGCUGCGGGCACACGUUGGAGACAGCCGUGGUCAAGAGAAGCCGCUUCCCGCACUGGGAUGAGGUGCUGGAGUUCGAGCUGCCGGAAGGGGAGCUGGGAGAGGCUGCGCUGAGCGUGGAGGUUUGGGACUGGGACAUCGUGGGCAAGAAUGACUUCCUGGGCCGGGUGGAGUUCUGCUUGGACACCCUCAGCCCAGGCCCCACCAGGGGCUGGUUCCAGCUCCUGCCCUUCCCCAGCACCACCAAGGACCACGGGGGACAGCUGGGGGCCCUGAGGCUGGCAGUGAGGCUGCUGGAGGACACUGUCCUGCCCUCCCACCACUACCAGCCCCUCAUCCAGCUCCUCACUGAGCCCAUCCUCUGCCCGGCCCAGUCCCCCGAGGGCACGGCCCUGGCUGUCCUGGAGGAGGUGACCUCAGGGGAGAGCCGGCAGGACGUGGCCACCAAGUUGGUGAAGAUCUUCUUGGGCCAGGGGUUGGCUGUGCCCCUCCUGGACUACCUCACCACCCGCGAGCUGGCCAGGACCACUGAUCCCAACACCCUCUUCCGCUCCAACUCGCUGGCCUCCAAAUCCAUGGAGCAGUUCAUGAGGGUGGUGGGGCUGCCCUACCUGCACGGGGUCCUGAAGCCGGUGGUGAACCGCGUCUUUGAGGAGAAGAAGUACGUGGAGCUGGACCCCAGCAAGAUGGAGCUGAGCCGGGGCAGGAGGAUCUCCUUCAAGGGGUCCCUGUCGGAGGCGCAGGUGCGGGAGAGCAGCCUGGAGCUGCUGAAGGGCUACCUGGGGGACAUCAUCGAUGCCAUUGUGGGCUCGGUGGACAAGUGUCCCCUCCCCAUGAGGGUGGCCUUCAAGCAGCUGCGCAGGCGGGCGGAGGAGCGAUUCCCCUCGGCACAGCACGAGGAGGUCCGGUACUUCUCCAUCAGUGGGUUUCUCUUCCUUCGCUUCUUCGCUCCUGCCGUCCUCACCCCGAAGCUCUUUGGGCUCCGGGAGCAGCACGCGGAGCCCUGCACCGGCCGCACGCUCCUGCUGCUCGCCAAGGCGCUGCAGAGCAUCGGGAACCUGGGGCUGCAGCUGGGGCAGGGCAAGGAGCCCUGGAUGGUGCCGCUGAACUCCGUCCUCCUGCCCAGUGUCACCCGUGUCCGGGCCUUCCUGGAUGCCCUGGUCACCGUGGAGAGCCCCGAGGUGGGCGAGGUGCCAGUGCCACAGGGACAUCCCCAGCCCUCGGCCACCAUCAAGGAGGGUCCCCUGCACACCUGCCCAGAGCGGGGGGUGGCACUGCUGCCCCGCUUCGCCUUCAAGAAGAGGCACUUCAGGCUCAGCAGCCAGGCCCUGGCCUAUGCCAAGGUCCCCCAAGGGCAGGCGCUCGGCUCCAUCCCAGUGGAGCGGAUCCGGGCAGUGGAGCAGGUGGACAAGGGCACCUUCCAGCACCCCCACGUCCUGCAGGUGGUGGCACAGGAUGACACCGGGCAGCUCCACACCACCUACCUCCAGUGCAAGAGCUCCCCGGAGCUGUGGCAGUGGCUGUGGGCUCUGCGCCAGGCCACCAGCGCCAACAGGGACAUGCUGCCCACUUGCCACCCCGGCACCUUCCGCGCCGGCCGCUGGACCUGCUGCCUGCGGCCCACCCGUGCCG